UUUUUUUACUUCCUGACUUUGAGGUUAUAAGUAAGUAAAAGUAAGUCUGAUAGUGCCACAGAACGUCAAAUAAGAUUAAAAAGAGCCAAAAGUCACAGUACUUACUGUAAAUUAAACGCUUCAGGCCCACAAUUGGAGAUUUGAUUUCCUACACGGAGCCAGACGUGGAGACGAAGUUGAGUAUUGGAAAACGGCCUUGGUACCUGCCUAAACAUGGCGGCCGCCUGCAGACUCGCGUUUAGACGUGUCAAAAACAUUUUAUCAGCACCAUCUGGUUGCAAUGGUUACCGGCAUUCAGCAGCUACACAUUUGAAGCCUGCAAUUUGCUGUCUAUCAACAACUUCUCCAGUGAGUGUGGAGUUCUAUGACAGUGCAAAUGAGGCAGUGAGCGAUAUCCCUGAUGGAUCUACCCUCCUAGUUGGAGGCUUUGGUUUGUGUGGCAUUCCAGAGAACCUCAUCAAUGGCUUGUUGAAAUCCGGUGUGAAAGAAAUCACAGCAGUUAGUAACAAUGCUGGUGUUGACGAUUUUGGCCUGGGCCUGUUGCUGAAGACCAGGCAGAUCAAGCGCAUGGUGUCGUCCUACGUGGGGGAGAAUGCCGAGUUUGAGAGGCAGUAUCUGUCGGGGGAGUUGGAGGUGGAACUCACACCACAGGGUACGUUGGCCGAAAGGAUUCGUGCUGGUGGGGCUGGUAUCCCUGCAUUUUACACCCCCACUGCCUAUGGCACACUGGUACACUUGGGCGGGGCGCCAAUCAAAUAUGGUGAUGGGGGCAGUGUAGCGAUAACCAGCGAACCUAGAGAGGCCAGGCAGUUCAACGGGAGAGACUUCAUCAUGGAGAGGGCCAUCACGGGUGACUUUGCCCUGGUCAAGGCCUGGAAGGCAGACAGGGCCGGCAACCUGGUCUUCAGGAAGACUGCCCGCAAUUUCAACCCCCCCAUGACCAAGGCAGCCAAAAUCACUGUCGCUGAGGUAGAGGAAAUUGUCGAUAUUGGCAGCUUCGCACCUGAGGACAUCCACAUCCCUAGCAUCUAUGUGCACAGAGUCGUCAAAUCGGAAAAACUAGAGAAGAGAAUUGAGAGGUUAACACUGAGGCAGGAUAACACAAGCCAGAAGGCCAAGUCGGAUGCAGCGUUGAUGCGAGAGCGCAUCAUCAGGAGGGCAGCUGUGGAAUUCAAAGAUGGCAUGUACGCCAAUCUUGGCAUAGGCAUGCCCAUGCUUGCCAGUAACUACAUCCAGCCAGGGAUCAGGGUUCAUCUGCAGAGUGAGAACGGUGUACUGGGAUUGGGCCCCUUCCCAGAGAAGGGCAAGGAAGACCCUGACCUGAUCAACGCCGGCAAGGAGACGGUAACAGUCCUCCCUGGUGCUUCGUACUUCUCCAGCGACGACUCCUUCGCCAUGAUCAGAGGGGGCCACAUCGACCUGACGAUUCUUGGUGCUAUGCAGGUGUCCAAGUAUGGCGACCUGGCCAACUGGAUGAUACCAGGCAAGAUGGUGAAGGGAAUGGGUGGAGCCAUGGACUUGGUCUCUGCUGCCCGCACCAAAGUCGUGGUGACCAUGGAGCACCAAGCCAAAGGAGGCAAGCCCAAGAUACUGGACUCCUGCACCUUGCCCCUGACUGGCACGCAGUGUGUGGACAUGAUUAUCACGGAAAUGUGUGUCUUUGAGGUUGACAAGGAGACGGGGUUGACGCUCACCGAGAUCGCAGAAGGAGUGACCAUAGAGGAUGUGGUUGAGGCAACAGGCUGUGAGUUUGAAGUGUCGGCAGACCUAAAACCCAUGGGUCAAGUCUGAAGCUGAGAUCAGCACUUUGUGAAAUGAUCCAUUGCCCCGCAUAUAAUCAUACUAUUCACCAGUGGCCAUACUGCAAAUAUUUAUUCUACCCAACGGAAUGGAAGAGGAAGAAGUUUGUAUGCAUGUGAGUAGUGUACAAUGCGACUCCCAUAACUACGCCCUUUGUCAGUGGACACACCCUUAUCCAGUUCACCAAGCCACAUGAAAGAUUAUGCAUGUGACAGGUGUAUAGAUACAAAGUUCACAUCAGCCGGUUUCUUUAUAACAAGUGUGAAGCUGGCUCUGUCCAUAAACUGAACUCCUGGUGUUGCAUGGAUUGAAGGAAUUCUGUUAGCAUGGUUCAAAUCAGAUAUACUAAAAGUAUAUGUAUUAAGACUAACAAGAUACAUCAAGGCAAAGAGAUAUGUCACCAGUGUCCUGCAACGUAUAGAGGAGCAUGGUGGCCCAUCAUGCUUUGUCUUCCGUAAUGGUUGAACAGUAGCCGCCAAGUUAUAACAUUUUUGGUUGCCGCACCUACAUUAACAUGAACAGUUCAUUUCAUUAAACAUUGUUGUUAUGCAAAAAGUUGUCUAAUAAUAUCUAAACUUGCUUUCAAUUUGUGGGGGGGGGGGGAGUGUCAACCUGUCAGUGCGAAGGUAAGCUCUAAACUUAACUACAAAAUGGGGGGGGGGGAAGUGCUGUAGGAGACCACUGCCCAUAAUGAAUGAAUUGGCCUUUCUUAUGCUUGGUGGAUUUUGAUGACACUGGUGAAAGAACAAAGCUUGCAGGGUUUAACAUUCGGGCAGAUUUGGUACUGUGGAAUGUUGAAUCCCUGCAAGGGGUGUUCAGUUCUGGCAGAUCUGGUCCCGUUCUCAGCUGAAAUACCUGGGUUUUGGGGAGGGAGGUUGAACAUAUGUCACGAGUUUGUAACAAAACUUAUCAUUUUUAAGUAAUUUGUGUUUUGGUUUUCUUAUCCCUUCUAGACCAUUUUUUAUUUUUUUCUUUGUUUUUUGCGUGAUUUGGUGACUGCAUUCAACCACCAUCAUCUGUGCUGACACAGGUUCAAUGUUUAAAUUAAAAUUGUACAUAGAACAGUUGAGACUGUGUGACCUUCUACUCCAGAAUUUUAUAAUCAUGACUGAAUGAUUCUUGACGUUCAGAAGGAAUUUAUCACUGCACCCCUGAUGCAUCCCAGUCUAACAUUACGGAUACAUCAUUGUGAAGAGUGUAAGCUCUUGAUGUCAGUGAGAGUAUUCAACUUUUUUUUUUUUGUUAAAGAGGGGCAUAUUCAGUUUAUUUGAAGUUAAGCCAACUGAACCCCGAGACUGAUUGUUUGCAACAUAUUACUCCAAAGAGUAAAUUUGUUGCAUUCAGGAUGUAUACAACAUGUCACACAUGUGAUUGUUGCAUUUGUGAGACCUGUAUCCGAUGUGCUGUCUUUCAGCCAGAAAGUUGAAAUAUUCUUCUGAAGAUUUUGAAGAUACAUAUGAAACAAGUUGGAUACAAGACACGUGUACCAACAUUGAAGACUUGGUGUGAAAGCACCGUACUUAACGCACGGUGUAGAAGCUGUGAAUAUUUCAAAUGGAGAUUGUACAAUGUAAACUGAGACAGUGUGACAGUGCAAGUAUGUUAUCUCAGUGAUGUUGUGAAUUGAACACAAUUAUGAAAUUACCCUCUCUUGCAAUAUUGUUUCAGUCAUGUUUCAGUAUUCCAUGUUUCCUCCAGACACCCAAAGUAUGUGGGUUUUAACGUGCUCGUUCUUUUUACAUUUCCUUGCCUUUUCUUCAGAUUUGUUUCCUUCCUUCAGGAGCUGAAGAUCUGUGAAUGAGAUUACUCUAUCAAAAUGAGAAAUGAAUUGGAAAGUUGAUUUAUAGUUGUCAGUUGGAGAACAACUGCAUUUAAUAGCUUGCACGUCCUAAGUAAUACCAGGUCAAAAAUAGCCACUCAAGCUGUGUUUUGAGAACAAGGUCCUACAAGCUGAUCAAAUCACAAAAUUCACUAAACUGGAAUAAACACACGAAUAAAACUGGAGUCAAUGUAAGAGCAGCUGUUUAUUCUUCAUUUUGAUAGAGCAGCUCAUAUUCAGUUGUGUAUUUGCAUUUCAAGAUAUUUCACAAUCUCUUUCCUUUUGUUUUCUUUCUUUUGUUCAAAACACUUGUCAUUAGUACAGCAUUUAUACCUGUGCCAUUUCCUUUAUUCACUUUCAAUCAAUGAGAAUAAACUUCAGUAUGUAUA